CACGUUCGCUGGGAGGCACUGCUCUGUCAGCAUGGCUCCGUUCAUUGAUAUAUUGUCCGGAGUGUGGAAGGGCGUGCGCUGUGACGACGACUUCUAUGAUCGUCUGAGCCACCGUUACACGGCUCUCAUCAUGGUUGUCUUUGUCGUGCUGAUCAGUUCGAAGCAGUAUGUUGGGGAUCCUAUCAUUUGCUGGACUCCAGCCGAGUUCACUGGAGUCUACAGCUCGUACGCAAACCAAGUUUGCUGGAUUUCAAACACGUAUUAUUUGCCUUUUGAGGAGCGCAUUCCGGGAGCCAAUCUGCCGCGUGCCCAUAUACCGUAUUACCAAUGGGUUCCAAUCGUCAUGCUUCUACAAGCUUUGUUGUUCUAUCUGCCAACAAUCGCAUGGAGGCUGUCCAGUUGCAGUACGGGCAUCGAUGUGAACACCAUGGUCAACUGUGUGACAAAUCUUGCCCUCCUGGACCCAGACAAACGCAGAGACACCAUCAAGUACCUCGUGCGCCACAUGGACGGCUACUUCGGUUGCCGAAAAACUUACGACAAAGAAUGCUGUGGCGGAGGUUUGCGCGGUUGCAUUACCAAAGUGCUCAUUUGUUGCAAAGUGGGUAAACGCUACGGCAAUCAUCUGACCUUCCUGUACUUAAGCGUGAAGGUUUUGUUCUUGGCAAACGCCAUCGGGCAAUUGUUUCUGCUGAACGCUUUUCUAGGAACUGCCUAUCACCUGUAUGGGUUUGACGUUCUAAAUGACCUCGUCCUGAAUCGCGAUUGGUGGUUCUCAGGUCGUUUUCCUAGAGUCACACUUUGUGAUUUCAAGGUACGUCAACUUGGCGGCAACAUUCAUCGCCAUACCGUACAGUGCGUUUUGCCAAUAAAUCUGUUCAACGAAAAGAUCUACAUGUUCAUCUGGUUUUGGCUUGUUUUUGUUUCCGCUGCUACCGUGUAUGGAUUUGUUCCCUGGAUCAAUUUAUUCUUUAAGGGAGAACGCAGACACUUUGUGCGCAAAAACCUCCGGCUCAUGGGCCGUCUUGGUCACGGAGAGAACGGUGGUGUGAUGUGUAAAAACUUUAUUCACCAGUAUCUGCGGCAAGACGGGACAUUCGUACUAAAGCUACUCGGAAGGAACUCGAAUGACAUGAUCGUUGCUGAAUUCACUGCUGAACUCUACGAUUACUUCCGCAAAACGUACACCAAACAAGAUUUUGAAGACGCUGAAGAAGAACCGCUGCAAAUGGAAACUGUGUAAUUUGUUU